GCGUCCUCCUGUUCUUGAUCUCUCCUCUGUACGCUGCCGCGUCCUUCGUUCUCCCGUGCUAAUCUCGGGUAGAAAAGCGAUAGCCCAAGGGAAUCUAACCUCCUCCACCAAUUUUGGGGUUUUGGUGGGCAGGCGAUCAGGUCCAGGCCGCUGCGCUCGCGAGCAAUGGGGCGUGGGAAGGUGGAGAUGAAGAGGAUCGAGAACCGGGUGAGCCGGCAGGUGACCUUCUCCAAGCGCCGCAAGGGCCUGCUCAAGAAGGCCCACGAGCUCGCCGUGCUCUGCGACGUGGACGUCGGCGUCGUCGUCUUCUCCGAGCGCGGCAAGCUGUUCGAGUACCCCAACCCGCCGGCCAGCUUGACCGAUCUGAUUCGGCGGUACGAGGCCGUCACCAACACGCAACUCCUCCAGGAGACCCACUGCACUGAUCAUCAGCAGCAAAUGAUCGCGGAGAUCGGCAGGCUGCGGCGCGAGUACGAGCAGCUGCAGGCCAGCCUGAUGGCGUGCACGGGAGAAGACCUGUCGUCUCUGACCUCGGUGGAUGAACUCGACGAGCUCGAGCAGCAGCUCGAGUCGGCCCUCAGCAAAGCCCGUGCAAGAAAGGACGAGCUGCUAACCAGCCUGGACGACGAACUGCAGCUCAAGAUCAACGGGAACGGGCGCCAUGGCGCAGCUGCUGUGGGCGUGGAGACGGAGGAGAUCGCGGAGCCGCUGCCGCCGUCGCCGUCGUUCGCGUACCUCCUGAAAGUGAAGGAGAAGUCGGCGGCGAGCACGAUGCUGCAGCUGUGGCCGCAGGCGGACGACGACGACGACGACAUUGAGUGA